GUAAAAAAAAAAAAGAAACCCAAAUAGAACAGGGAAAUUUUCAAUUAUUUUUAGGGGAUUUCCCUCACUUAUAACCCCUUUAUUUCUUUAAACAAUUUAAAAAUUGGUUAGCAUUUUCUUUUGGGGAAGUCGUCGGAUUUUGCUUUCUGUUUAGUUAGCAGAAAUCGAAGAAUAGAAAACGGAUUUAUUCAGUUGUGUGUUUGCGUCACUUCUUCCAAAAUUGCUUUCUGCUUUGGGUGUCUGUCUCACUGGGGGCUCUAACUAAGCAUACCAACGACAAGUGAAGAUGAAUGCCCCAAUUAUUGAUCCAUUGCAAGGAGAUUUUCCAGAGGUGAUAGAAGAAUAUUUGGAGCAUGGGGCUAUGAAGUGCAUUGCCUUUAAUCGCCGUGGCACCCUUCUCGCCGCUGGAUGCUCUGAUGGAAGUUGUGUUAUCUGGGAUUUUGAGACCAGGGGCAUUGCCAAGGAGCUUAGAGAUAAAGACUGUGCUGCUGCUAUAACAAGCGUCUGCUGGUCGAAAUAUGGCCAUCAAAUUCUUGUGUCUGCUGCUGACAAGUCAUUAACACUUUGGGAUGUUGCUAGUGGCGAGAAGAUUACACGUAUCAUUCUGCAACAAACCCCUCUACAAGCUCGUCUGCAUCCUGGUUCUUCAAUGCCAUCUGUUUGCUUAGCUUGCCCCCUAUCAUCUGCUCCAAUGAUUGUUGACUUAAGUACUGGAAGAACAACUGCACUCCCAGUCACUGUUCCUGAUACGGGCAAUGGUGUUGCUCCUCCUUCACGCAACAAGUUCCCUGAUGGAACCCCUUUCACACUAACUGCUGCAUGCUUUAACAAGAAUGGGGAUCUGGUAUAUGUGGGGAACUCCAAAGGUGAAAUACUUAUAAUAGAUCACAAACACAUUAAAAUGCUUGCUAUGAUUCCCAUUUCUGGUGGUGCUGUGAUCAAGAACAUUGUUUUCAGCAGAAAUGGGCAGUAUCUCCUUACAAAUUCAAAUGAUCGAAUUAUCAGGAUUUAUGAAAAUCUUCUGCCUUUGAAAGAUGGACUUGGAGCUUUUGAUGACAUUAACAAGACCAUCGAAGAGGAGGAUACUGUUGAGAAGAUGAAGGCUGUUGGGUCCAAAUGCUUAGUUCUUUUUCGGGAGUUCCAAGAUUUAAUCACUAAGAUGCAUUGGAAAGCACCUUGUUUCAGUGGUGAUGGUGAGUGGGUAAUAGCCGCUUCUGCUAGCAAAGGAGAGCACAAGAUCUACAUAUGGGAUAGGGCUGGUCAUCUUGUUAAAAUACUUGAAGGUCCAAAGGAAGCAGUGUUCGAUUUAGCGUGGCAUCCUGUUCACCCUAUUAUUGUAUCUGUUUCCUUGACUGGCUUGGUUUAUAUUUGGGCUAAAGACUACACUGAAAACUGGAGUGCAUUUGCUCCUGAUUUCAAAGAGCUUGAGGAAAAUGAGGAGUAUGUAGAACGAGAAGAUGAAUUUGAUCUGGUGCCUGAAACUGAAAAGGUGAAAGAGUCAGAUGUAAAUGAAGAUGAUGAAGUUGAUAUUGUGACAGUGGAGAAUGAUCCUUUCAGUGAUUCAGAUAUGUCGCAAGAAGAAUUAUGCUUCUUGCCUGCCAUUCCUUGUCCAGAUGUUCCUGAGCAGCAAGACAAGUGUGUGGGAAGUUCUUCAAAAUUGAUUGAUGGUAAUCAUUCUGGAUCCCCUCUCUCGGAAGAGAAUGGACAGAAUGGACCAGUAGCCAACAAUGCCUCAAGUCCACCUGAAGAGGACACGGGAGGAACACGGGUGAAAAGAAAACGGAAGCCUUCAGAGAAGGGGUUGGAGUUACAGGCAGAGAAGGUCAGGAAGCCCUUGAAACCCUUGAAGUCUUCUGGUAGGUUGUCAAAAACAAAAAAUAAAUCUGUUGUUGAUCAGGAUUAUGGCAAUGGUGUAUAUGCGGAUGAUGGCUCUGAUGAUUACUAGUAGAUCAGAAUUGUCACAUAUUUGCCAUUUGAACUGGUGAAGGGAAAAAGAAAAAAUAAGAGAAUGAGAAAACCUGUAGCUGGAAAGCUUAGAGCUAUUUAUCAAUUUUUUUGGAGGGAUCUGCAAAUGACGUUAUUAUCUAUAGAUGCAUAUCUUCACCUAGUUAGAUGACUAAAUUCUGCACAGAGCAAGGAUAACUCUUGUUUUAGGUGAUAUUAGACACGGUCAGGGUAAAGAGUCAAUUGAAUAUCUUAAUCACAAGCAUACAUGGAGGUGGCUAUUUGUCUUGUCACAUGUUUGGUAUAGAUAACUUUUAACAACCAGUCUGGACAUUUAGUAACUUUAAAUAGGUCAUAUCCACUUCAUCCCAAGAUUAGCGUGAUGUGUGGAUUUUUUUAAGGUAUUUUGGAAAAAUAUUUUCUCUCGAAAAAGUCAAACAGAAAACAAGUUUUGGAAAAAAAUAAAAAAGGUGAUCAUAAUGUUGGGAACUCACAACUUUACAGCCCAAAUUUUACUUAAAAACUUACAUUUGGAAAUCUCUUGGAAAAAUGAUGCAUAUUUAAAUAUCAUGUAAAUAAUUGCUAUUUGAAUUUUCUUCAUCAUUACCUGAUACCAUAUUAAAUUUGACUCAUUUAUGCCUUUAAGCUGUGAACAUCGGAAUGAUAUGAAUAUAAGACUGGGUAAUGUGAAUGUGCACCUACAUUAUCCAGUUAUUUUCUUUGGGUGGGGCUUUUUUUCAGAAUAUUUUAGAUAAAAUUUGUCAUUGUGACAUCGUUGUAUGAUUCAUUGCCAAAAGGGUGUCUAUCCUGGUUAGGUUCUAUUUUGUUCUAAUAUUUUCUCAAGGUGGCAAAGAAUCAAAAGAAGAAUUAUUUUACCCCAAUUCAGGGGGAACUAGUUGUUACUCCUCUGGAUUUACAUGAAUGUAAGAUGUAGUAAUAUUUGAACAUUCAUGAAUACAUUGCUGAGCCCUGUUUGUUUUGAUCUCAUAUAUUAUUGGGUAUUACAAAAGGGGUCUUCUCUUUUUUAGGAAAUAAAACCUGAUGAUCAUGGAAAGGCCAGAAAGUACAGUAACUAUUCAUUUAAAAAGAUCUUAGUGAGGGUGGGGGUAGGGAAGAGGCAGUGUACUUACAAAUGGAUAGUAUUGAAAGAGAAUCUAACUUUGAUUGGUAACUCCUUGUUCUCAAAUUAGAUCUGACAAUUUGAAUAGUUGUGUUGUGUAAAACAUUGGUAAUUUGUGUACGUGUCAUGUUUUAUACGAAAAUUAAGUGUCACAAUUCAUGUUGACAUGUAAAAUACGAAAUAUAUAUAUUUUGUUUUUGUUAAACCCAUAUAUGGUUUUUGCUAAAAUUUUAAACGAUGUCAUCUUUUUAUAUUUUUUUGUAUCGUUUUCAUGUUGCAUCAUUGGACCGUGUUUCAAAUAGCCGGGUCUAUCUCAAAUAGUCUUCUAUUCUUAGAUAUUCUUUCUCUCGUAUAUGUAUAUACAACAUGAUGGUGUGGCACAGUCUUGAAAUUAAAUUACUUUGGUUGAAUUAUUGUGUCUUUGCUUUAGCAAAUGGGAAGGCUCAAGGUCUGCGAUUCUUCAGCCUUGGAGAGUAGAUGAGAUAGGUGAGGCACUGAUUUUUCAUCCUCGUAUACAAAAUACUAGUUUGAAAUGGUCUUGAUAUUCUAAUAAAUGACCAAUUCUUCAAACAUCUGUCUCUAACUUUUGGGCAUCUGUAAAACAUUGUUUGUAAAUUUUUUUAAAUAAGCUUUUAAGGGCAAUAUUUAUGGAAUUUAUCAAUUAAGGUGCUCAUGUAGAUGCGAUAGACAUCAGAAUCUGUUAUCAAUCUUGACUACACUCCCAUUUUUGAACGGGUAAGAAUUCUCUCCUGUACUGAAAAGAGUGAAAGUUCUACUACUUUUAUUACAACAUCAUAUGUGAAUUGUCAUUUUGAUUCGAAGUUCAUACCUGUUUUGCUCCUUUGCUGAUGUUGUUAAUGUUUUAGAAACUUGUUUAUCUUUAGGAAGAUGACUGGUUGAAUCUUGUAUAUGGUAAUUGAAUGCACUGUUCUCUUUAAGAUUUGCCUUGGAUGGAUUUAUUUACUUUAUUUUCAUUCUCAAGUUAGAUUGGUUCAUUCAUUCAGAUUGAAAAAUAAGAAAAAGAAGCAAAGUUAAAUUGAUUCAUAUGAUAGUGAUUAAGUUUUUGCAUUUUAGUCCUUUUAUUUCAUUUGAUAUAAAAAUAUUUUUUAAUAUUUUAAUAAUAAAUAAAAUUUAAAUGGGUAGAGUGGGUUGAGUCGAGGUCAGGUUCAUAUUUUAGUGGUGUUAACCAGGUUGAGCUUGAAUAGAUCGCUAGGAUAUAUCUGGUUGCAAUCAUUUUAUAUCGAAUAUAGUUUUAUUUUUACUAGGUGUUGUCUUCAAGGAAUUAAGAAACUGAAUGAAACCAUGAUGUUAUUUAGUUUUGUUAUGAUGUUGUUGAGUUAUUAUUGAAAGUUCUUAUUAAUUGUAAGAACCAAUUUAGAAGUUAUCUGAAGAAAUAUCUAGAAUAAAACUAUUUUAUUCUUCUAUAUUUUUCUUAUUACAAUUCUAGAAUUGCAUGAAAAUAUAUAGAUAAAGACGGAAUAUUCUUAGCCUUAAAACCCAAGAUUUUUAUGCAUUAAAAAUAGCUAAUAAAAAGAGUAAUUUACUUUCUACUCAUAAUAGGAAAAUAUU